UCGUCAAGCCGAAGAGGGAAAAAUCCGAACGCGGCGGAUAGAAAAAUAAACUCGCGUUCUUACUGGAGCCGUGCGGACGCGUUUGUCUGCAGGCUAAAUUUGAAAAUUGUACCCUCUAAUCCGGAACAAUCUCGGUGAAACUAGUGCGGCAGUGUUCCCUCGUUCUAGACCUUGUAGAAAGUGACGGUAUUUGGGUUGGAAUCAAGGGGGAAGUAGGAAAAAGUUUAGUUUUCAGUUUCCCAAUUUUACGCGUCGCGACAGUGAAAAUUCCUGCCAAAUGAAAAUGUGGCACGAAGCCCGGAAACAGGAGAAGAAAAUCCGAGGGAUGUUGGUCGACUACCGGAAGCGGGCAGAGCGGCGGCAGAAUUUUUACGAACGCAUAGUGAGUUUGUAGAACAUGAAAGCGGACCCGACACAAUUUCUUCAAGUUCACAGUCGCAAAUGCAAAAUACAUCUGGACCAAAGCGUGGCGGCAGCUGCAGAGAAUCCGGCCAUCAUGAUGCCAUGGCAGGGUCAGAAAGACAACCUGAUCGAUCGAUUCGAUGUGCGUGCCCAUCUGGAUUACAUUCCGCCGGCACCGUGCGUACCGAAACCGGAUCAGACGACGACGACGACGGGAACCGAGGACGAUCUGGUGGACGUGGAGGAACGAGCCAUGAACUACGAACGGUACCGGGUGCUGGCACAGAACGAGUUUCUCGGCAUCAGUGAGGAAAAAUUCUUGCACCAGCUCUAUUUGGAAGAACAGUACGGAGUAAGUGCACAAGUAGAGGCGGAGCAAAAGGCGGCAUCUUCGUCCAAAAAGAAAGCGGCUGGAGCGGGGGUAGCGAUCGGUUACACCUAUGAAGAUUCCACCGAUCCGAGCGGUGUGGUUCCGUUCACCCAAACCAUUAGCGCUAUCGAGCAGAGUACCGGUUCCGGAAGGUACGACGAGUGCAUGAAGAGUGAUUCCGAUUCGGAUCUGGAUAUGGAUGUAUCGAUCGAUAUCAACAAAGUCGGAACGGCACAAGCGCAUGAAAUGAACGCUUGUGGACGGCAUUAUGGAAUGAAGAGCAAUGAUUUUUAUUCAUUCCUGACCAAGGAUGCGGAUGAAGCAGAAGCUCUGAAAAUGGCUCGAGAGGAAGAACAGGAAAAGAUCAUGUUCAGCGGAAGGAAAAGCAGACGGGAAAGGCGCGCUCAGCGGGAGCGUAAAUUUGUGGGAAGGACGAUGAGUCCCCCAAGCUAUGCUGCAAAAGAAGAUCUUGUUCCCAGGACCUACGAUGAUCCGAAUGAUAGCUCCCGUUCUCCUUCGCCAGUUAAUUCAGGGAAGAUUACCUACAUUACCUCGUUCGGAGGGGAGGAUGAACUUCAGCCUCACUCAAAGAUAUCAAUUAGCUUUAACAAAGAUAGUCAGUCUCAAGCGGGUACAUCAUAUGCGGACAAAGUCAGACAAAAUCUCCAAAAAUUGAAAGGCUCUCAAACCAAAGAAGAGGAAAGCAAAAUACCGGUUCAGUACCAGCGCAGGUCCAGGAGCUACAGUGAUCGUAGCCGAAGUCGCAGUAGAAGUGGUUCCCGUUCGUGGCGCAGAAGAAGAAGCCGAAGUCGCUCUCGUGGCAAACGAACCUACUCCAAAUAUCGUAGACGUUCUCGUUCGGGAUCAGGAUCAUCGCGAUCUCCUUCUCGAAGCAAAGGACGCCGAAACCGAAGAUCCCCGGAUUAUUCAUCCAGGCGUCGAAAGCCACGUUCUUCAUCUUCGUCCGCUUCGCCACCAAAAAGACCUGAAAAGAAAGUUAAAAGUCCUGAAUCCAGAGUUACCACUAGAAGUCGCAGCCGUUCGAAAUCGAAGAAAAUUACUCUUCCGGUAACCAAUAUUUCAAAAGUCAAAACUGAACCUCUGGAGAAAAUACCUGAACAUCCACUUCUUUCUGUACCUCCACCACCGCCUCCAUCGAUUCCGCCAAUUGGGUCCAAAACAGAAACGGUAAAGAAGGAAGCAACCUCUCCUAAAGUGCCUAUACUUGUCGAGCCUGAACCGGAGGUUCCGAUUCGCAGAUAUUACGGGCGCAAAAGAGAUGACCAAAGCUCGACUGAUAGCAAUCUUAGUUCUGAUAGCUCGGACGAAGAGGACAAAAAGAUUAGCAUAUCUGAAAUGGCAACUAUGGAAUCAUCAACGAUUUUGCAAUCAUCAGAACCAGGUGGCAAUAGUAGCAGUACAAUUGCGGGUGGUUUGAUACCCUUCGUCGGUGGAAUAACUAUUAAACAGGAGCGUUUGGAAUCGUUCGGAAGUGGUCCCACGUUGCCGUCGUCUUCGUCCAGCCGGCAGGUCACCAGUAAAUCAUCCCAAUCGAUCGGCCCAGGCAGUUCUGCUGCCGCUGCUGCUACUACUACUCCUACUAGUGGUGGCAUCGGGGGUAGUUUAGCCGCCUCAUCAGGCACAACCGACUCCAAAAGUUUGGCUGCUGCCGCUGCAUCGAAGUCUCUUAACCCGAGAGAUCGUCUGAAGCGAAAAAUGCAGAUACUUCUGAACAAGCAAUUUAAAGCCGACAAAAAGGCCGAGAUUGAAAAAGUUGAACGUCAAAUUCAACAACAGCAAGAGCGAGAAGAUGAGAUGAGGGAAUUGGCAUUGCGUUUGCGACGACGGCAACGCGAACUUCGGCACAAGUACGGAACUCCAGAAAGUGACAAAAGCCCAUCCAAAUCACCCGUGGAUAGUUCAGACGAAGAACGUCGCGAAACUUCACGUCUAUCGACAAUCAAAGAAGAUUCGCCUGCACCCAAAGAGUCACCACAACUUCCUCCUAAUCCCCCUUCAUCUAGCAAACCGACCGGUUCAAGUAAAUCUAGCUACAGUACAGCCGCAGUCAUUGAGCGGAAACCAGUACUUCGCCGCAUAACUCGAGCCGAGGCUUCUCGAUCACCCAGUGUUGCGAGAACUACUCGACGGCAGGUUGCUUCUCGGAGUCGCAGCCGUUCGCGAUCUUCGACUGUCGCUGGGUACGGUGCAUCUACGUCGGCUUCAACGGGAAGUCGAAGGUACGAUGACCGUUCCACGCGAAGGCGUUCUCCACCACACGGGUCGAGAUAUCGACAUCGCUCCCGCUCCAGAUCCCGGGAAAGAGAGCGUGGCCGCUACGCAAGUGGAAGGUCUACGCGGGACUACGAUCGUGGUGGCGGAGGUGAGAGUAGCCGCCACUACAGGCGAAGAUCACGAUCUGCCUCCCGAGAACGACGCCGAUCGCGCUCACGUCCAAGGCGAUCGAGUAGAUCUCGGUCUCGGGGUUAUACGGGAGGAGGAGCCUCAGGGAGUGCUACCCGUAGAGAUAGAUCACCGAAACCGGUGAAAAAACUGGUUGACUAUUGAUAUAAGUGCGCCAACUAAAGGUUUCCGAUUUCACUAUUGAUCGUUUUACAAUCUAUUACUCAAACCUUCUUUCUGCCAUAUUGGUCGUUUCCAACUACCCGUUAAACUUUAUACAACAAUUUUAGAUUGUGCACAGUGGGUAAUCAACAAUAUAAAAUUUCGUUAUUUUUCAGUGAAA